UUGUGCGAAGCCUUUUCUAACAAUGUAACACAUGCCUGUCUAAUGUCAAAUGAUUGCCCACACGUUCGCUGCAGUGACAGGAUUUAAUUUAUUCAUAUUUUUAAAUAUUAAUCCUCUUGGUUGAACAUCAUAAUUACAAGAGGUCAAAGUUCACUGAGUCAGGGCUAUAAUAUUCGCAAAGCAAAGAUAAGUCGAUGUAUUAAUUUUAUAAUGAUGGUGUAUCCAUGUAACUGGCGACGAAUAUAAUAGUUAUGGAUUCUUGAGGGGAGUUUUCAAGCACGUGCGAAAAUCGCAGCAUUACUACCAUAAAUGGUUAAAUUCGCGCAUUUCAUUCAACUGUGCUUAAUUUAUAUGUGACGUAUGAGUGAAAUGUUUCUACCAUCAGGAGGGGGGUGCACUAAUUACAUAUCGUCAUGAAUAAACCCACUCUUUUGUUGAAAUGUGCUGAGUUUGUAUAAAUAAUACCUGUUUUUAUGAAAGACGUAUUCAAAAGUGGAGAAGAAGAUGGCGAGGUGAAGAUUUUGCAAGAGUGCAAAAGGCCGAAUAUUGAAGAUUUGUAUUACCCAGACGAUCCAUUUUUUACUGGUUUUGGUUACGAAAUUAAAAAAUUCAAAUAUGUUCAGUUGGUUGAAUAAAAACGAGAAGAAAGACCCCAUUGUUUUACAGUCUGUAGUCGACGGUUUGCGGAAGCUUUACAAGUCGAAACUUAAGCCGCUUGAGGAGCAUUAUUUAUUCAACGAUUUUCAUUCUCCUUUAAUGUCUGACGCUGAUUUUACUGCGAAACCAAUGGUUCUUUUGGUUGGCCAGUACUCGACGGGAAAGACUACUUUUAUAAAGUAUCUUCUUGAGCAAGAGUUUCCAGGAUUAAGAAUUGGUCCCGAGCCUACCACAGAUAGUUUCAUCGCUGUAAUGCAUGGUGAACAUGAUCAAGUUAUACCUGGAAAUGCGUUGAUCGUUGAUCCUUUUAAGCAGUUUCAAUCUUUAGGAGUGUAUGGUAAUGCCUUUCUUAACAGACUUUAUUGCUCAGAGUUGUCCAAUAAAGUAUUAGAGAGUAUCACAAUCAUAGACACUCCUGGUAUUCUUUCUGGUGAAAAGCAGUCUGUGUCCAGGGGAUAUGACUUCACUGGUGUAUUGAAGUGGUUUGCCGAACGAGUAGAUCGAAUUAUUCUGCUUUUUGAUGCCCACAAGUUGGAUAUCUCUGAUGAAUUUCAAAGGAGUAUUGAUGUUCUUCGUGAAUAUGAUGAUAAAAUCAGAAUUGUACUUAACAAGUCUGACAUGGUUACCACACAGCAGUUAAUGAGAGUGUAUGGUGCAUUGAUGUGGUCAUUGGGCAAAGUCAUAAACACACCAGAGGUGUCUCGCGUCUAUAUUGGAUCAUUUUGGGAUCAGCCACUACAAAAUGAUGAGAACAGGCGUUUGUUUGAAGCUGAAGCACAAGACUUGUUUGCUGACAUCCAGAGCUUACCAAGGAAUGCUGCACUGAGAAAACUUAAUGAUUUUAUCAAAAGGGCAAGGCUUGCUAAGGUUCAUGCAUACAUUAUUUCCAGUCUUCGUGAACAAAUGCCUUCUGUUUUUGGCAAGGAAAAAAAGAAGGAACAGCUUAUAAACAACUUGGGUGAGCUGUAUCGUAAGAUUCAAAAGCAACAUAACAUAUCUCCAGGUGAUUUUCCACAUAUCUCUAAGUUCCAAGGAAAGUUAAAAGGGUACGAUUUUUCAAAGCUUCAUAGUUUCAAGCAAAAACUUGUCGAAGAUGUGGACAAAAUGUUGCAGACUGAAGUUACGAAGUUAAUGUCAAUGAUUCCAAAGGAAAAUGAUUCAGCUAUGUCAAUCACAGUUCGGGGUGGUGCUUUCACUGUCGGUGAUUCAAUGCAUAACCCAUUUGCUACCGGUGCCGGUGAAGGUAUUCAAUAUGGGGCUGGCUCUGGCGAUUGGAUUAUCUUGUCAAAGAAACCAGAAUAUGAUCGUAUUUUUGAAACUCUCAGCCCUGACAUGAAUGGCAAAGUGACAGGAUCAAAUGCCAAACGUGAACUUGUCAAGUCUAAACUACCAAACACUGUUUUGGGUCGAAUUUGGAAACUAGCUGAUCUUGAUAAAGAUGGAAUGUUAGAUUCUGAUGAAUUUGCUGUUGCCAUGUAUCUGGUUAAUGUAAAGUUGGAUGGAAAUGAAUUACCAGUGGAGUUACCAAUUCAUGUAGUACCCCCAUCAAAGCGUAAAGGAUACUCUAUGGAGUGUGAUUCAUAAAUGAUCAACAAAUAAAAUGAUUGUUGUUAGAAAUAUUUGUUUGCGAAAUAUUAAUUCAUUGGUUAUUACAAACUCUAAAUUAAUUGUAAUUAAGUAGCACAUGCUAUAAUGGGUAAUUUUAUUCUUGAUUGCAUUUUAAAAAUGCAGGUUUGUGAGUUGAGCACAAAUUUGAAAAGCUAAAAAAGAACUCUAUGUUUAUUACCAAAUAUGAGAUAUGAUUUGCUACAAAUAAAAUCACUUGACACAAUUGUAAGUGGUAAUAAAAUUGUGUAUUUAGCUUAUGAUAUAUAUUUGCUAUGUAUAUCACUAUUUUCUAAGAUUCACUAUUGCUUUGGAAAUUGGAAUAUAUUAUAAAAUAAUAGUAUUAAAACGAAAGCAUAGCACUGUUUCAUGUAUGUAGGUAGGAUAUUACUAGGGCAAAGUAUUUUGACUUCGGGACGGUACGGAAUCAUUCGGGCGGUAGCUGUAGAGUGGCGGCGUGCAAAUAAGCAUUACCAAAUUAUCAGUACAAGUCAACAAUUCAGACGGUUUGGUUACUUUACAACUUUAUAUUGUCAGGAAUGAAAAAGUUAUAGAUAGAAUGGAAUUCAAUAGUGGUGCGAAAAAAGAAGUUGGCCAGCUUCCCGAAGCUGUUCAAGUGCGAAUCAAAACGACUGUUAAAUAUGCGAAAAUUUGGGCUGGCCUUGUAGUUGCUGCUGCUGGAGUACUAAUUGCCACCAAGCCAUUUUUAGACAAGCUUCGAAAUGAAGAUAAAGAAAACAGUAUAAGUAAGUCCAAACUUCGUUCAAACUUUAAGUGAUGAAAUACUCCACGUUAGACAUUCUGUGACACUUUAUUUAGUGACUGAAGGUCUUUUAUUAGUACUUGACAAUAAAUAUGAAUUAUAUAGUUUUAAUUAGAUUUUGGUGUGAAAUAUAUACUUUCUAAAGCAGAAAUGCAUAAUAAUGCAAUGCAAAUUUUUUCAUAUUUAA